GAUGGAACGUGCAAACCUGCUGUAGCUGCUGACAAACCGUGCACAGGACUAGGACAGUGUGUACAGAACGCUGAGUGCACCACCUCUCAUGGAGGGCUGUGUGAUUGCCAAGCUAAUUAUUAUGCUGAGAAUGGUGUCUGUAAGCCAAAGAUCGGCGCUGGGGACCCAUGUCUGAACACGGACCAGUGCACAGACAACGCCGUGUGCACUACCCCAGGAAGACGAUGCGCGUGUAAAGUGGAGUUUUUCCUUUUAGACGGCCAGUGCAAGACAAAGAUUACACCUCAAAAGACCUGCACUGGGCUCGGCCAGUGUGUCAGCAAUGCAGAGUGCAGUUCACCCAAUGGUGGCCUCUGCCUUUGCAGGGUGGGAUUCGUUGAAAAAGACGGCGCAUGCGUAACGCAAACGGAAGCGGGCAGUCCCUGUACUGGUGAGGAAGAAUGCAUCCCAAACAGUGUGUGCGCGGAAACUUGCCGCUGUAGAGAUGGUUACUAUAAGGACAACGGCCAGUGUCACCCGAAGAAAAACGUCGGUGACCCUUGUUCGUUCGACGAUAUGUGCAGGAAAUACGCCGUCUGUUCUGCGGAAACUGGUGGCUCGUGCAUUUGUCAGGAGGGUUUUGUUCCUCAGCAAGAAGGGUGUGGAGGAAGAAUCCCUCCUGGAAAAACUUGUGAAUCCUAUGGCCAAUGUGUAGUCAACGCGGAGUGCUCGUCUCCAAAAGGUGGUCUCUGUCAGUGUUCUUCUGGCUACUAUCAGGAGGGUGACAAAUGUUUACCCCUGAAGCCUCCAGAUGCGGUGUGCGCAGGCAACUACCAGUGUGUGGAGCACGCAAACUGCACAGAAAACCACAUGAAAGUACUCGUGUGUAAGUGCAAUCCAGCCUUCUACCCGCUCACAGACUACUGCGCCAGACGCAAGCCACCAGGAAAGCCUUGCUUUGGGCUGAGCCAGUGCAUCGAGAAUGCCGAGUGUACGACAGAGGCAGGAGGUCUUUGUGCCUGUAACCUGGGCUACUAUCCAACACCAGGCGGACUUUGCGAAAAGAGGACAGGAAUCGGUCGACCGUGCACACCUCAGGAUGUGUGUGCAGAAAACGCGGUUUGUUCAGACGACACAGGUGGUGUUUGUAAGUGUGAGACAGACUUCUACCUGGUGUCUGGUCGCUGUGUGGUGCGCAAGCCAGUGGGAGAGGCCUGCAAGGACAGCGGUCAGUGCAAGCAAAAGAGCGCCUGCAACAAGCAAACGAAGAUCUGCGAAUGCCUCGAGGGAUACUAUGCAGAAAAUGGCAUUUGCAACCCUCAAAACCCUCCUGGAAAACCCUGUAGGGCGGAGGGCCAAUGCACGGCGAACGCCGAGUGUCACAGCGCUCCCCUGGGGACGUGCAGAUGUGUUGCGGACCAUUACCAAGAUGGGGACCUCUGCUUGCCACCCAGAGGUCCAGCCGAGCGCUGCACAGACAGCAGUCAGUGUGUGACCAGUGCCAGCUGUGUCCAGGGACUCUGCACCUGCAACAAAGGUUUCUACAAUGAUAAUGGCGUGUGUAAUCCCUCCAAGCCGCCGGGAGCUAUCUGCAAACGGGUGGGACAGUGCGUAGAGUUUGCGGAAUGCUCCAGUAUGUUCGGAGGUGUAUGCGAGUGUCAGAAAGGCUUUUACUCGGCCAAUGGACUUUGUCACUUAUUGAUGAAGCCAGGCCAAGUAUGUGAAAGCAGCGACCAGUGCUCAGACCACUCUACUUGUUCCAGCAAGACGUCUGAGUUAUUAAAAAAAUGUGAAUGCAAUCAAGGAUUCUAUCUGGAUGUCAGUUCAUGCAAGAAACUGGUUACCCCCGACAAGCCGUGCACAGGAUCGCGAGAAUGCGUUGACUUUGCCGAAUGUUCUGUCUCCGGCAAAUGCCAGUGUCAAACAGGCUAUGUACCUAAGAAUGGAACAUGUACACCUAAAACUCCUGCAGGCAGCACGUGCGACACUGCUGGCGAGUGUGUUGAAAAUGCAGAAUGCACGUCCGUUGCGGGAGGAAUCUGUGAGUGUAAUGACGGUUUCUUUCUAAGAGGAGGCUUGUGCUACAAGCUUAAGGACGUUGGGGAUACUUGUGGUUCCUCGCAGGAAUGCGUCUCCGGCGCUGUCUGUGACAAUAAUGGACAUUGCAUAUGUGACAAAGAUUUUUACGCAGAAGAUAAAAAGUGUUUCUUGCGAAAGAAAGUCGGGGAGACCUGUAAGGGCGGCCAUUGCACCCAGAACGCCUUGUGCUCGAGCAUGUGGGGCGGGAUAUGUGAGUGCACCAAUGGAUUCUUUGUAGACAGUGGAGAAUGCGUAGGCGUUUCUCCACCAGGAUCGCAAUGCGACACUGGUCAGUGCGUUCUCAACGCCGAGUGCUCUGCUGCCGUUGGUGGGACGUGUGCGUGCAAGCAAGGCUUUUUUCAAGAUUUGCAAAAGUGUUCAGCCUUGCUGAAGCCCCGAGAGAAGUGCACAGAUCCCUCUCAGUGCGUGCCAGACGCAACGUGCGUUGUCGGGGAAACAGAUCAAAGCCAGACAUGUGAGUGUCAAACUGGGUUCUAUGCAGAAGACGGCAAAUGCAAACAGCUGAAGGACGCCGGCGAUAAGUGCACGGCUAUGGGUCAGUGCAACCACAACGCCGAGUGCAGCACACCGUACGGCGGCGUCUGUAGAUGUCUCGAUGGUUUUUACAAUUUGAAUGGCCAGUGCGUGCCUGUGGAGAAAGCAGGACGACCCUGUAGCGGCAAAGGUCAGUGCACACACAACGCGGAAUGCAGUAGUGACGUCAGAGGGGUGUGCCAGUGUCAGGAAGCCUUCUUCAACCAAGACGGCACGUGCACUCCGGUGAAGAAGCCUGGGGAGCCAUGCCAAACCAGCGGACAGUGCGUGGCGAGUGCUAAGUGCACGCUACCCCGGGGCGUAUGCGAAUGUCUGGAGGGUUUUGUUAGCUACAGGAACGAGUGCCGGCCGGCGGUGGGCGCUGGAAGACCGUGCUUGGGUCUUGGACAAUGUGUUGCCAACGCAGAGUGCUCUACGGCGCAGGCCGGACUGUGCGAGUGUCAGGACGGUUUCUACGAAUCUAACGAGAAGUGUGUGCCUACUGUGGGGGUCAGCAUGCCAUGUGUGGAAACACUGCAGUGCGUUACUCACGCGGAAUGCGAACCUGCAUCCAAGACUUGCAGAUGCCUUGAUGGUUACUUUUCAAUGAAUGAGAAAUGUCUUCCGAAGAUCCCAGCGUCCAGCCCUUGCGGGGGACUCGGCCAGUGCGUAGGUAACGCAGAGUGCAACUCUCCCAAAGGUGGCAUUUGUCUCUGCAACGAAGGCUUCUUCCAUAGGGAUGGGAAAUGUCUCGAACGAAUCGAGCCCGGCAGUCCUUGCACCGGCGAAGAAGAGUGCACUCUACACAGCGUUUGUGUGGAGACAUGCAGAUGCCUUGAUGGAUUUUAUAAAGACAAAGGACUCUGUUUCCCCAAGAAAAUGGUCAGUGAUCCUUGCUCAUUCGACGAGAUGUGUUCGCAGCGAAUGAUUUGCUCUUCUGAGAUCGGCGGCUCCUGCAUCUGCCAGGACGGUUACUUCGAGCAGGGAAGACAGUGUGGUGGAAGAAUUCCACCGGGAGAAAAAUGUCAAGAACUCGGCGUAUGCGUAGUGAAUGCGGAAUGUUCCAGUCAAAGCGGAGGACUUUGCCAGUGCCUUCCAGAGUUCUACAAAGAAGGCAAAACUUGUCUGCCGCUCAAGAAUCCGUCUCAGCAGUGCUCAUCAGCAAAAGAGUGUGUCCCGAAUGCCAAUUGCACGGAAGACUCUGGUGUAAACGUUUGCAUGUGCAACACUGGUUUCUAUGACAACAGUGGACGCUGCGAGAGAAGUAUCAAGCCAGGAAAGCCCUGCACAGGACUGGGACAGUGCGUUCCCCAUGCAGAGUGCACUUCUGAAGUGGGCGGCGUGUGCCAGUGUGACAAAGGAUUCUAUGAUGUGUUAAACGGAACUUGCAUCAAGAAAAUUCCCGUGGGGAUGCCCUGCGACCCUUCUAAAGUGUGCGCUGAUAAUUCGUUUUGUUCGGCGUCCAUCGGAGGAACUUGCACUUGCAAAGAGCAGUUCUACAGAGUGACUGGCGAGUGUGUGCCGCGGAAAGGUGUUGGAGAAGCGUGUAGUGACUCCGGCCAGUGCAUGACUAGGAGCGGUUGCCGUGCAGACAGCCGGCAAUGCCAAUGUCUAGAUGGCUUCUACAGCAAGGACAACCUCUGCCACGCAAAAAUACCUCCUGGUCAAGAGUGCUCGGCGGAAGGGCAGUGCGUUCAAAACUCUGAGUGCAGUUCCCCAGACGGAGGUAUUUGUACAUGCGACGAGGGCUACUACAAGGAUGUUGCUCGGUGCUCUCUUCUUAAGAUUCCUGGGGAUAAGUGUACCUUUACCCAACAAUGUGUGCAGGGUGCAGAGUGCUCCAAGACAGGGAUGUGUCAGUGCACGUCGGGAUAUUACCCAUCGGAGGGUACUUGUAAGGUGGGUCUGGCGCCAGGGAAAUAUGCACGAAAGCAGGCCAGUGUGUCCAGUUUGCAGAGUGCACCACACCUUACGGGGGACUGUGCCAGUGUGGUCUGGGUUACUACGCCUCUGCCACUGAGUGUCUGCCUUCAAAAGAAGUGGGUAAACCGUGCAGCCAAGUAGGGCAGUGCGUGGCUAAUGCGGAGUGUACAGAGGGCACGUGUCAGUGUACGGCCAAGUUCUACAGGUACGGCAAACUGUGUCGCAAUCGUAUUGGAGCAGGUGACACCUGCCUCGGGCUGGGACAGUGCGUGC